GGACCCUGUGAAGCCUCCGGCCGGUAUAUUUUUGGUCAAUUAUUAUUGAGCUGUUACAAAAGCUGCAGGUGGUCAGAGAGAGGUUAUAUAUUUGAUAAAGUCACUGCCGAGAGGAUUUGGUAGUAAAAAGCGAAAGAAGACAACAUGGACAGGACGGUCAGCCUUCCCAAUCAGCCCGACAAAACCACCACAGUGACUCUGGUUGAGAGCAGCAGCACCCCCAGCGGGCUGGAACUGGUCAGUUCCUACCAGACCAACAGAGUGGGAGACCCCAUGGACCUAGUGGCCCUGGCAUCUCAAGUGCAGAAGGGAGAUGAAUUCAUUAAAGCCAACGCUUGCAACAAACUGACUGUCAUUGCCGACCAGAUCAGAUACCUACAGGAACAGGCCAAAAAGGUUUUAGAAGAUGCUAAAAGAGAUGCUGACCUCCACCAUGCUGCCUGCAACAUUGUGAAAAAACCAGGCAACAUGUACUACCUCUACCAGAGGCCAUCUGCACAGAAAUACUUCUCCAUCAUCUCUCCUAAGGAAUGGGGUCCAAGUUGCCCUCAUACGUUUGUUGGUGCCUUCAAACUCCAACACGACAUGUCCUGGACUCCUGUAGACGAGGUGGAGAAGAGGGACGCAGAGAUGGCCAUCAUGGACAAACUUCUGAGCCAGCAGACCGCCCUACCACCUUACACAGAACCCAACUUCAAGGGCCUCUCUGAUUAACCGACUGCUGAACUGGACUGACAUUUUAGAAGAACACAUGGUGGAUGCUAACUGUAGUCUUAAUGGACAUUUGGACAGAAAACAAUCCAUACACGGAUUGGAAUCGCUGAUAUCAAAGCAGCCAUCACACAAGUGGUUUGGUUUUAUACACUGGCCUGAGCGCACAAUGCAUUACUACUUACUACCAGCAUUGGUUUUACACCUCAGUUGCUGAUGUUGAAUGUAUACAUACAAAAAAAAAGGUCUCCACUUCCUCCCACUGUACAAAACUGAAGCUAAAAUAUACCAGAUACAGGCGCCACUAUCUAGCCAAUCGUGAGUCAAUCAUGAUAUGUCACUCCGUUUUCAUAGCAUCAAAUAACUACUCUUAUCAGAAAAGAAUUCCACUUGAACAAACAUCGGCAUGAUCAGAACUACCUUAAAUGAAAAAUCUUUGCGGAAAAAUGUAUUUGAGGUGCAAUUGUUUUUUAUUUAAAGUUGUGUUCAUGUCCUAUCCACUAACAUGGAGGGGGUCGGGGUUUAUGACUGUUUCAUCCAAACUGCUGUUUUAGUAUUUCUGUCUUUCAUGUGUUAACCAUGAAAGCUGAGUGACCAGGACGUAUCCUGAGGGCAGAGCGUGUAAUGUGGAGGAGUGUGCAUGAACUGAAUAACUAACUUGACUCACAACUCCUUUUUAAAAAGACACUGCUGUGAACAAUCUUCAGUCACUUUCUGUACUCUGCCGGGAGUGCUGUAAACUGACUCCUUACUUGCAAGUAAAAACGAACUUCAGUGA